AUGGCUGGCCGUUUCGUGAGAGCUUCCAAGUAUCGUCAUGUCUUUGGACAAGGCGCAAAGAAGUGCUAUGACAACCUGCGCAUCUCCAAAAACGCCUGGGACACCAACCUGAUCAAGGCCAACCCCGAAUACAUCGCAGUCAACUGGGAAGCCAGCGGAGGUGGCGCUUUCGCCGUUAUCCCCAUCAACGAGAAGGGCCGCGCGCCCGACCAGAUCCCCCUCUUCCGCGGGCACACGGCUGCCGUCCUCGACACUGACUGGAGUCCCUUCAACGACUCGCUGAUUGCAUCUGCCUCUGACGAUGGCAAAGUCUUCAUCUGGAAGGUGCCGGAGAACUUCACGCUUCACACAGACGCCGAAGAGCCCGCAGAUGUUUCUCCGCAGGUGAAGCUUAGCGGCCAUAUGAGGAAAGUCGGACACGUCCUCUUCAACCCCGCGGCCGAGAACGUACUCGCCUCCUCGUCUGGUGAUUGCACCGUGAAGCUCUGGGAUGUCGAAGCUGGCAAAGCGAGGCUUACCCUUACGCACAAAGACAUCGUCCAGUCCUUGUCGUGGAGCGCCGACGGAGCAUACCUGGUUACAACUUCCCGAGACAAGAAGCUGCGCGUUUGGGAUGUACGCCAGGAGAAGCCUGCGCAGGAAGUGCCCGGGCAUCCUGGAGCCAAGAACAGCCGCGCUGUUUGGAUGGGCGAGCAUGACCGCAUCGCGACCACGGGAUUCUCCCGCAUGAGCGACCGCCAGCUGGGUCUGUGGGAUCCCCGCAACCCCAGUGAGCCCAUUGGUGGCUUUGAGAUCCUCGACUCCAUCUCUGGUGUGUGCAUGCCAUUCUGGGAUGACGGCACACAGUGUCUGUACCUCGCAGGCAAGGGCGACGGCAACAUCCGAUACUACGAAUACGAGAACGACAAGUUCGAGUACCUUACCCAAUACACUUCGCCUAACCCCCAGCGUGGAGUCGCCUUCAUGCCCAAGCGCGGUAUCAACCUGCAUGACAAUGAAGUGCUUCGCGCAUUCAAGACAGUUAACGACACCUACAUCGAGCCCGUGUCCUUCAUCGUGCCCCGCCGAUCAGAGAUGUUCCAGAGCGACAUUUACCCGCCCACAACAGGCCUUAGGCCUGGCACAACGGCAGACGAGUGGUUCGGUGGAAAGACUGCAGUUCCUCCAAAGAUUUCGCUCGAGAGUGUUUAUGAUGGUGAAGCGCCGAAGGAAGUGCCAGCGGAGUCCAUCCCCAAGCCUUCGCAACCUGCAGCCGCAGCAUCCAAGCCCACUCCGGCUGCCACCAUUGAGAAGCCAGCGCAGUCGUCAGCACCCGCACCAGUCGCUUCACGCGGACCGCCGCCAACGAUGAAUGACAACAAGCAAUCGCUUGCUGCAGGCGCUUCCAAGUUUGCUGACGACGAUGUAUCCGACAAGGCGAGCGAGUCGAGCUUCGAGGAGGUGACCAAGCCUGUUUCACGCCACACAGCUACCGCUUCUCGCCAAGAAGAGAAGACUAGGGGUCCAGCGAUCACCAGGGACCCUGAGCCGACUCCCGCAAAGCCGACCCCUGCACCUACGAUGGCCCCAUCAGAGCCUGGCGCAACUUUGAAGUCUUCUGAGCACACCCCCUCAGCAUCGACCUCCGCUCCCGCAGCCAGCUCCGGCGGUCCUGCAUCGGCACUUCGUGACGCCCUCUCCGACAUCAAAUCUCAGCUGGAGCACCAGAACCGCGUCAUGUCCGACCAGUCCGACCAGAUCGCACUCCUUGUUCGCGAAGUCUCUCACUUGAAGGGCAAGCUCGGUUCACACGAGCCCUCAGAUCGCGAGAAGGACGAGCGCAUCCGGCAACUGGAGCUUGAACUCGAAGAAGCGAGGUCUUGA